UCGCCUACUCGACCAACCUACACAUCUACAGUAACUUUUUAUUUUUAUUUUUAGCACAGCAACACCUCAGCAGUUCAGUUUCUAAAGCUGUUUCAGUUGUAGCUGCUCCGUGUAGCUUUAGCUUGAACACACAGGUGGUGACCGGUUCUUUGUUUGUGACUUCUGACUGUUACGAGCCUGCGUGUGCGCGCUCAUUAUCAUACAGGUGCGCUCAGCUCACGGGAGGAAACACGGCAGCAGGAUGAUAUGACAGCUACAGCAGAGAGCACAGUCAACAUGGAGGAGUUUUUCACAACGGUGGGGGAGGUGAGAAGCCUCAUUGAAAAAAUCUCCUGUCAAGCAGAAGAGGUGGAGAGAAGACAUGGCGCCAUCCUCUCCAAUCCAAAUCAAGACAAGAGGGGGAAAAAAGAGCUGGAGCUGCUGAACAAAGAGACCAAGAAGAAUGCCAACUUAGUCCGGGCCAAGUUAAAAUCAAUGCAGAAGAACUUGCCUGCAGAUGAGAGCAGUAAAAGGCCCUCAGUAAUUCAGCGUAUUCAGAAGAACCAGCACUCACACCUGACUCGGUGCUUUGCUGAAGUCAUGAGAGGGUACCAUAAGGCGCAAAUCUCCUUCAGAGACAAAUGCAAAGCACAAAUUCAGAGACAGCUGGAGAUUGUGGAUAAAGUGACAACAGAUGAAGAGUUGGAGGAGAUGCUGCACCAUGACAAUCUUUCCAUCUUUAUAUCUGGCAUCAACUCAAAUGCUCGAAUCUCAAGCCGGGCUCUGAGUGAGAUUGAAUCUCGGCAUCAGGACAUCAUCUGCCUGGAGUCCAGCAUCAAAGAGCUGCACGAGAUAUUUGCUGACACUGCCAUGCUGUUGGAGAUUCAGGGGGACUUGAUCAACAACAUCGAAAAGAAUGUGACGAGCGCAGCAGAAUACGUAGACGCAUCCAAGGCUGAAACCUAUAAGGCAGUCACGUACAAGAAAAACCCAUACAAGGUAGCGUCUAUGCCAAGCUUCUUCAAAUCUUUCAGGAGGAAAACCACUGCCAAAACUGCUACUGAUCAAAACACCUCAGACUAAAAACCAUGACUGAGCUCCUGAACCUGUUUGAACAUCGACUGCACCAAACAUCCUGAUCAACAUCAAAGCCUGCGCUCGCUGGAGCACUGUACCACGCUCAUCUGAUUCAUGGUACACUGCCUGUCUUCAGCUUCAAACGGCUUCCAAAGGAUAAUGAGGGGGCUGUUAUUUUUAACUUAGUAAAUUUGAACUGAAAUAAUAAUGACCCUUCAAAUGAAAGUGAUAAGAUACAGUCCUGGAAGCAGAUUCUAGGGGUACCUGCAGACUGUCAAAAGGACAAAUGCAGCAUACAGCCUCAAAAAAACACAACGUUUAACUUGACUGUUAAUCACUGUAUUCAGACUCCCAACCCUGAGAGUUUAGGUUUCAGAUUUGGCAACAUUGUUCAGUUUCCAACAAUAUUACACAUAAUAUAACACACUAUCCUGCUAUUAAGAUGCACACCAUAUGCACUGACUUACAGGUGCAUCUCCAUAAAUUAGAAUAUCAUAGGAAAGUUUAUUCAUGUCAGUAAUUCAAUUCAAAAAGUGGAAAUAACACAUAUAGAUCCAUUACACACAGAAUGAAACAUUUCAUGCCUUAAUUAAUUUAAUUUAUUCUAAUUAUAAUGAUUAUAAAUGUUAAUAUUACAGAAGACCAAUUUUAAGAAUGUUUAAUAUGGAAAUGUUGGCCUCUGAAAAGUAUGUCCACCUAUAUGACUCAAUACUUGAUGGGGCUUUUUGACUUGAACUACUGGAAAUGGAUUUUUCCAUCAUAUACUAAUGUAUUGAUAUGCACCUGUACUACUCACUUAUUCACUCACUCAGGUAGCUGCUGUUCCCCUCAAUGGCCAGUAGGUGGCACAGCAACAUUACUUAGAACUCUGAACCAGGACCAUCUCCCUUUCCUCCUCUCUGCAAUCCUGCUGAAGUCUUGUGCCUUUAUACUGUGUUUUACUAAUGCGAUGUAAUGUUGUGUAUUUUAUACUUUAUACAUGAAAUGUCUGUAAUGUAUUAGGAUAAACUGUCAGACCAUGCCAAUCCUAAAAUAAACCUUUGUGAUGAAAGCUUCUACAUAA